GAAUCUCUUAGGAUGAAGCUGAGUCUUACCAAGGUAGUUAAUGGCUGUCGCCUAGGAAAAAUAAAAAACCUGGGCAAAACAGGGGACCACACCAUGGACAUUCCAACCUGCAUUCUGUACACCAAGACCGGCUCUGCCCCACACCUGACCCAUCAGACACUGCAUACUAUCCACAGGCUUCCUGCCAUGGCUGAGCUUACACUGUCCUCGUUGGCAGAACACCAUGAAAUCUUGGCAGACUAUAAGGAAGGAAUUGGAAAGUUUAUAGGCAUGCCAGAAUCACUCUUGUACUGUUCCCUGCAUGAUCCAGUGAGCCCCUGCCCAGCCGGUUAUGUAACAAACAAGUCUGUGUCCGUGUGGGGUGUUGGGGGACGAGUGGAAAUGACUGCUUCCAAGUUCAUGGCAAUUCAGCAGGCCCUUCAGCCAGACUGGUUCCAGUGUCUGUCAGAUGGAGAGGCAUCUUGUGAGGAAGCAACUUCCAUAAAAAGAGCCAGGAAGUCUGUUGAUCGAUCGCUUCUAUUCCUGGAUGAUUGUCUACGGCUACAGGAAGAGUCAGAGGUCCUUCAGAAAAGUACCAUCAUUGGAGUGAUUGAAGGUGGAGACGUGAUGGAGGAGAGGCUGAGGUCAGCACGGGAGACCGCCAAGCGGCCCGUAGGUGGCUUCCUUCUGGAUGGCUUUCAAGGGAAUCCAGCAACCCUGGAAACUAGACUGAAAUUGUUGUCAUCAGUCACCGCAGAGCUGCCGGAAGACAAACCAAGGCUCAUCUGUGGAGUCAGCCGGCCAGAUGAGGUCCUCGAGUGUAUUGAAAGGGGAGUGGACUUAUUUGAGAGUUUUUUCCCUUAUCAAGUGACAGAGCGGGGAUGUGCCCUGACUUUCAGCUUUGAUUACCAGCCGAACCCUGAAGAGACACUAUUACAACAAAAUGGGAUACAGGAAGAAAUAAAAUAUGUGGAUCAAACAAAGAAAAUUAAAACAACCAGUUGCAACCAAGAAAUGACAUCAUUUGAAAUUAAUCUGAAGGAAAAAAAGUACCAGGAAGACUUUGAUCCACUUGUGAGAGGGUGUUCCUGUUACUGCUGUAAGAAUCAUACUCGUGCGUACAUCCACCAUCUGCUGGUGACCAACGAGCUGUUGGCUGGGGUCCUGCUUAUGAUGCACAACUUUGAACACUAUUUUGGAUUUUUCCACUCCAUCCGGGAAGCACUAAAAAGCGACAGACUGGCACAGUUGAAAGAGCUCAUCCGCAGGCAAGCAUCUUGA